ACAUUUUUUUCACCUCGCCGUUUAUAUCGGAUAUGAUACGUUGUCGGUUAAGGACAGUGCAACAAAAUCUUCGAUGCAGGUCAUUUGCGCCAGACCCUUCGGAAGUUUUUAUUUACACACGAUAAGAUAUCAAUAUUGAUACGAGCUAGUCGCAACUCGUGGUUGAGUGCAAGUACGCGUUAUUUCUAGUGCUUAUAAUGGACGAGGAUUCUGACGAUUGCGGUGUCUCCCGACCUAAGUUUACGAUAGGUGAUAUGGGUUCAAAUGAUAGUAUAGUUUUUGAUGAGAAGCUAAUGAAAACAUCCACUCAUGCUGAGGAACUGGCUGCCACGUGGGGUGGAAGGUGUUCCCUACCUGAUUCGAGUAGGUUAAGACGAGUACACUCGUGGUCUGGGAAACCACCUGACGAUUCUGCGUCGAAGAUACGGAUUUUAAGAGAAAGAUUAGUGCGCACCCAAACCAAAGUAAGGCCAGGUGCGAUUCGUAAUUUUACUAGAUCUCAACGGCUUACACUUUUCUCUUUAGCAAUAGUUGACUUCAUGAGUUUCUGUUCUAUGAGUAUUAUGGCACCGUUCUUCCCAAGAGAAGCGACGGUCAAGGGCCUAUCGAAUACAAUGUGCGGAAUUGUAUUCAGUUUCUACGCAGUUAUUAUGUUUCUCACUUCGCCGUUUUUCGGGAAAUAUUUGCCAACAAUUGGUGUAAAAUUUAUGUUCACCGCUGGUUUGUUUAUGGCCGGUGCGUGUAAUGUUUUGUUUGGCACUCUAUCUCUCAUAGAAGAUACGACCACAUUCCUCGUACUAUGUUUCGUAGUUCGCGGCUUGGAGGCUUUAGGGGCGAGUGCGUACUCCACAGCCAGCUAUGUUUACGUGGUAAAUGUAUUCCCGGACACGAUUGGCUCUGUUUUGGGAAUUUUGGAGACUUUUGUGGGCCUCGGUAUGUCCGUCGGUCCAGCGAUUGGAGGAUUGCUCUAUUCGAUCGGCGGUUUUGGUUUACCAUUUUACAGUCUUGGAAUCGUGAUGGUAUUCACUGUGCCAAUUAACAUGUUUCUACUGCCCGACUAUGAAGAACACGCAACUGGUUCAAAACCGGCAUCAAUAUGGAAACUAUUUAAAAUCCCAUCGAUUAUAAUAACUGGACUAGUGAUAGUAAUCAUGUCGAAUACUUGGGCAUUCCUUGACCCUACAUUGGAGCCUCAUUUGCGACAGUUUUCCUUAUCUACUAAGCAAAUUGGACUUAUUUUUCUAUUACUUUCGAGUUUGUAUGGGAUAUUCAGUCCUAUUUGGGGUUGGGUUGCUGAUCGCGUACAUAACCAUUGGUGCAUGAUGGUAUGGGGCCUCUUCUUAUCAUCUAUAGGAUUACUUUUACUUGGCCCUUGUCCCUACAUACCUGGUCUACCACAAGAUCUAUGGCUAGAUCUAGUGGCAUUGUCUAUUUUGGGAAUGUCAGUUGCCUUGACAUUAUUACCGACGUUUCAAGGAGUAUUAACUAGUUCAAUUUACGAAGGUGGCUGCCCAGAAGCGAUCGCAACUUACAGCGCCGUGGCUGGAGUCUGGUCCUGCUGUUACUCCCUUGGCGAGGUCCUAGGUCCAGCUGUAGGUGGAGCUCUGGCUGAAAGAUAUGGCUUCCCGUUCUGUGCAACACUCUGUGCUGUUGCCUGUUUUGUUAUGGGCAUCAUUACCCUCGCGUUCUUCUCAUUGCGGGAGUCUUCAAAAUGGAUAGAUGACUCCAUAUCAGAUUCCAUACCAUACACAGAUUCUACAUGGAAUAGUAAUUUCUAUAGAACGCAGAGCGCUCCAGCAAGCCAAAUGGCCGAACAUACUCCACUCAUAAGCAAUUCUUGCACCGGAAAUGGUCCCCACAAAUAUGGAACUACAUCGCAAAAAAUUUGCCUGUUGCAUAAUAAAAGUAGAAAAAGUGGGUCAGCGAGCGUAGCCGAAAUGUUCGAAUAUGUACUCAAAUUUCAGUUCUUAACAAAUAUUUAUGUAAAAAUAUGGAAGUUUAAAAAUAGACGGAGAAACGGGACGGUGAAUGAAGAGCUGUAUCAAAACUAUUUAGAUGAAAACACAACAGAUAAUAAGAACGAUGAAUUUGUCAAUACUGAGAAUGAAGAUGACAGUUGUGACAAUAAAUAUUGUAACUUCAUAGAUAAGGCAAUAUUUGGGCCUACAGUAAAUAAUAACAGUGUCAUAGUAAAACCUAAUAACACUGGUAUAGUAACAAAGUCAAUUAAUAACGUCGAGAGACGAUCAACAAAUGAAAUCAUUAGGCAUAAUUUGCAAAAAGUACUUUUUUAUGAGCAAAACAGUCCAUGUACUUCCACAGAAGACAUUUUCGAUGGUUGCGAGUGCAAAGACGAUAUAACCUAUGUGAGAGGUACCGUCACAGUUUCUUCAACAGGAGCCUGUGAAGUAUAAUACAAAUCCUAAAUAGAUUUGUAAAACCUCCUUCAACGUCAUGGCACGCUAGUAGAAACGACCUCCUGUGACGUUUCCUGAUGUUUCCACGCCAACUUUGAUACCUUUGAAAAUUACUGAAAACAAUUUCAGCAUCGGGGUUUUAUGAAAAAUUCUGCUAUUAUGUCAAAGGAAAUUUUCAGUACCUUGCUACGAACUACGUCACGCAUGUAAACGCUACGCCGCUACGAAAAAUGGACGUCAUGUUACAAGGGUACUAUAAAAUGCUUGAGAUGUGAAAUCAGUGGAGAAAAUUCGAAUUUUCCGAUCCCUGAGUGCCAAGUGCCGUAUUAGACUAUAUCAAAUGUAAUUAAAAUUUAGUUUUUUUAAAGUAAUAAUAUUGAUGUAGAAAUUGUGUAAGACUAUUAAAAGUAUUAAAACAA